AAUUCAGCGCGUUUUCCAGCAGAGUCUAUUGGGAGACCGCAGGGCGAAAGGAUAACAGCUCGAGUGUGCUGCGCAUUGGUUGCGCUUUUAUUGUGUCUCUCUGUAUGCUUGAGCAGGACACCCGUUGAAGGUCCAGACAUAGAAGGACCCAUUCGUUUGGUUACAGAGUUACCAACAAAACCAAAAGUGUGUCCUAGAAACAAUCUUGAAGUAGCAGUGUUAGGAGUGUGUGUCGAAUCGUGUUCCCAUGACAGUGACUGUCCGAACGAUGAGAAAUGCUGCCACAAUGGAUGUGGACAUCAGUGUAUGGCUCCAUAUAAAGAAUCAGCAAAGCCAGGAGUGUGUCCUAUAAACAAUCUUGAAGUAGCAGUGUUAAGAGUGUGUGUCCAGUCGUGCUCCCAUGACAGUGACUGUCCAAACGAUGAGAAAUGCUGCAGCAAUGGAUGUGGACAUCAGUGUAUGCCUCCAUAUGCAGAAAAGCCAGGAGUGUGUCCAAGCGAAAACCUUGGAGAAGGCCUCUGUGUUGAGAUGUGUUCCCAUGACAGUAACUGUCCGAAUGAUCAGAAAUGCUGCAGCAAUGGAUGUGGACAUCAGUGUAUGCCUCCAUAUAGAGAAAAGCCAGGAGUGUGUCCAAGGAGAGUCCUUGGAGUAGGAUUGUGUGCCGAGUUGUGUGCCCAUGACAUUGACUGUCCGAAAGAUGAGAAAUGCUGCAGCACUAUAUGUGGACGUGAAUGUACACCUCCAUAUAAAGUGAGGCCUGGUCUAUGUCUCAGACCGAUGUGCUGAUAACUCUUCCCAUGAUGAUCAAUGUCCUGCCAGACAGAAGUGUUGCCCAACCACCUGUGGCCAUGCAUGCAGCUAACCAUGCCAAUUUAACCAUCAGGAAAAAGUCCUCGAUUUGCU